AUGAAGCCAUGGAACAACAAGAAGUUACCCAUCGCUCCGCUUCCGCCGAACCCUCCUAAGGUCUACAAGGUCGAUCCGUUCAACUUCCGGGACCUCGUCCAGCGCCUCACUGGAGCCGCCGCCGCCGCUGAAGCCAGCCAGCCUCAGUACCAGCAAAUACAGCACCCGAGGAUUCAGAAGCUUGACCUGCUGGAGAGGCAGCCGCCGCCGCCGCCGAUGCAGCAGCUUCUUCUCCCUCCGACUCAAUCGAAGAGCGGUGGUGAACGGCAGGAGGGGUCGCCGUUUUCGGGGCUGUUUCGGGAGUUGAUGAUGGCGGAAAGGUCGUCCUACGUGGAGGAGGAUAGUAAUAAUAAUAUUAAUGAUUAUUUUUAUAAUAAUAAUAAUGAUGACACUACGGCGUCGGAUAGUUCGGUGGAGCUGAAUCUGCUGCCGUCGCCGACCUCUCAACACUGCUGGUUCCCGCAGCUGUUGAGCCCAGCGGGGCCGGGGAACUUGAUUUCCGGUUUGAAUCUCUAG